CAAAAAGUAUAUUAAUUAAAAUAAGUUUGUAUUAUUUAUUUUUAAAAAGGUUAAAAUGAAUUUUUACUUAGAAAAAGUUUUUAUUAUCUUAAUAACUUAGCUCAUAGGAAUACUAAGUUAAGGUACCUCUUUGUCAGUACCUAUUUGGUAUCCAUCAUCACCUUCUUAUUAAUUAAAUUAAUAAGAUAUUUGUUCCAGUGAUAAUAGUGCAACACUCUUAAGAUGUCUCUAUCCACCUAAUUAGAAUUGUUGCUUAGUUUAUAGCGACUAGUGCGGAAUAUCCCUUACUUGUGCAAAUUUAAAUGACUAAUCUGCCUCUCUAUUAAAUAAUAAAGUUAAUUUACUUGUUCAAGAUAUGAUAAUAUAAGCAAACACUUAAAAUAUAUGGAUUGCUGAUUCUGCGUAUAUCUAUUUAUAUACAAUUUCAUAAAUUUCAUAGUAGAAUUUUGAAAUAAGUUAAAAAAUGAGAAUGGAAAAAGCUAAGAAUGCAGGAACCACAACGAGCAUCUAAUAAUUUAGUUUUCUCAGUAAUAGAUUGUUUUUUAAUUGUCUAGGAGGGGUCUUUAUUUAUGAUAUUUCUAAUACUAAUUUACCUCAAUUAGUUUCUGUAAUUAAGGCUAAUUAAGGUGCGUAACUCAUAGAAAUAGCACCAUAAAUAAAUUAAUUAUUUUUGGUAGAUGGAACUUAUAGAAUUUUAAAGAUAACAAAUAAGGAAGACUUCACUCAAUCUUCUUAAAUACCUAUAAAUACACAAGAUUAGUGUUCUUUCCCAUUUACUUUUGUAUCCUUAAACUAUCUUUUUAACAAUAGGUAUUUAAUUGUUUAGUAAACCAACUCUAUUAUUGCAGGAGCUGAUAUAACUUAGUUUUUAUAAACAGGAAAAUGCAGCGAUUUACAGUUUAAUCAACUUUAUUCUAACAAUAGCACAUAUACAAUUGUUUAUAUAACUCCUAACAAAUAAUACAUAUUCCUUGUUUAAGCGAAUAUUUAUAUAAAUGUGAUAGAGAUGAGCUAUGAUCCUAAUUUAGCUGCGAACAUAUUCUAAGUGAUUGCAGUUAAUAAAUACAUUUACUAUUUUACCCUUUCGCUUGACCUUUCAUUUCUAGUUGUAUCAAACCAGGUAACAAUAGACUUUUUUUUUUAAAAAAGUAAUCCUAAUUACAAUUCAAUGACUCCUAGUAUUAUUAAUUUACCUUAAAUAAUUUCAUAUGUAGAUCCUAAAGUAUCUUCAACUCCUGUUGAGCCUUAUGAUUGCCAAUUUACAUAAACAAAGGCAUAUCUUAUCUAUACUAAAGGUUCAUAUGGAACUUAUAUAAUUUAAGAAGACCAAAAUAGCCACUUUUUAUAAGUGAGUUAAAGUAUUAACCCUCCACCUACUCCUUCUGAAACCUUAAGGAUGUCAAGAGCAUUUAAUAAUGACUAAAACCUUCUAAUUGGUAGAGGUACUAUUAUUUACAUAUAUGAUAUAUCCAAUUUGUUAGUUCCUGUUUAGCUAUCUAUGCUUAAUUUUGGAUUUAGUGGUAUCUAAUUUCGCCGUUCUUAUAUUACAAAAGAUAUGAAAUAUGCUUUACUCGCUGGAGAUACAAAAGGUGUUUUUGUAGUGGAUAUAUCUGACUUAAAAAACCCUUUUCUUGUUACUACUGUUUAUCAUAAUUUUACAAGUUCAACACGAUGUUAUUAUAUUGAUAUGCCAACAAGUGAAAAGUAUGCAGUAGCAUCAUAUUUAUAUUUAGGUAUUAUAUUCUACGAUUUUACAGAUUUUAAGAAUCCAAAAAUUAUAUCUUAUAUGAUAAAUUAAAGUGCUCGUUCAACAGUAUUCUUCUAAAAUUAAAAUUUUUUGCUUAAAUCAGAUCUUUAACAAGGAAUUAUGAUUGUUAAUGUAACUGAUAUCCUGAAUCCAUAAAAAUAAUCCACUAUAAAGUAAGAUACAUCUGUUAAGUAAUGUGUUUUGGUUUAAAAUGAUCACUUUGCUGUAUGCACAUCCAAUUACCUAGGGAAUUUAUUAUUGAUAGAUCUAAGAGACUUAAACAAUCCUUAAAUAUACUAAAGGUAUGAUUUUAGAAACCAAAAAUUAAGCGGAUAUAAUGUAUGCCUAAGCUCUGAUUAGAAAACAAUUUAUUUGGGUUUAUUGAAUACUAUUGUUAGAGUAAGUCUUUACUCUAAUAUAUAAUUUGAGACUAAUUUAUUACUUCUUUAAAGAGGAUCUACUCAAUUAAACUAGCUUUUGGAUAUAAAAAAACCUUUUGAACUCGGUACCUAGGUGAAAGUAACUCUUCAACAAGUCUAUCCAUCCAGAUAAGCAACAAUCAAAGGAGCAAAGUUUUAUAACAACCAAAAUAUAUAAGAAUUACCUUUUUGGGCGACUUUUUCAACCUCUGACUCUUCACUUUCUCUCUCAUUUACAAUAUAAUCUAUAAGUAAUAGCAAUAUUUACUUAAAGGGUAGUAAUGGAAUUUAUUUUUACACAUUUUAAUUUAUAUUUAUAAUAAAUUAAUCUAUUCUUAACUACGAUUUUAUUAAUCAAAGCUUAAAUAUUGAUUAAAAUCUGUCAAAUCAAAUAUUUAUAGACUGCAUUUUAGCAGGUUUGCUAGAUAAUAAUAAUUAUUUUAAUGGUCAAUCAUUUGAUACAAUAAAUUAUCAUUUUUAGUAAAAAUAUUUAUAAAGUCAAAUUUAAUUUAUAUUUUAUGUGCUGAGUAGCAGAUUCCUUUACUACCCAAUUUAGUUAAAUGUGUAUGACUCCUUAAUAGUCAGCAUAGAAGAUAUAAAUUCUAUACCCUACAUUGAUUCUGUAAAUAGCUAUAUUUACAUAGAUCUAACAGUUGAUAAGUAAUAAGCAAAUUUUAUUCCAUAUACUUAUAGUGGAGUAUUGACUUAUCUUAGUGAUAAGAAUGAUUGGCUGAAAAUUGAAGGUGAUUUGAAUUCAGUAAAUCUUGUUAUUUAAAAAGGAAUUCAGUUAGCCAACUUUACCUAAGAUAUUUCUAACAUCAAUAUUACUAUGACAUUUGAUGAUAAAGUCAAUAAACUUAUUACAAAAACUAUUUAGGCAUCAUUCAAGCAUAUAAUUAAAUUGAAUUCUCCAAUAUUAAAUAACCCACAAUUAUCUCUUUAAGAAGACUUUGAGAAAAAAUUUUCAGGCGGGUCAAUAAAUAUAGAGGAUACAUUUAGUUAUACAUUUAGCUCUUCAAUUUUUAUUAAUAAAGACAAUAGGCAAAUUUAAUACGAAGCUCUGAUGCUUUAUAAUGGAGAAUAUUUACCACUAUCUUAGCAAAGUUGGCUGCUUUUCUAGUCUGAAGAAAGAACUUUUGUAGGAACAACUAAAUCAAGUCAAUAUAAAUAAUCUAUACAUUUAUUAAUCAAUGCAACUGAUGGAUUUACCUACGCGACUGCUUCGUUAGUCCUACAAAUAGACUCUAUUCCAAUCUCAUACUUAGUUCUUUUACUUUUCCAAAUAAUAAGUCCUCUUUUAGGUAUUAUUGGAUUUUGGAAAUAUCGUUCAUCUUUUUACAACUUUGUCUAAAGAAAAUCAUACUGCACUACACCAAUAGAAAUAAUAUGUGGGGAAGAAGUUAUUUUUUAAAUUCCAUUGCUCGGAAACAAAUUAAAAACAGCAUAAUCUCUUUGGAAUGCAUAUUUUAAAUCUUUAGACAAAUAGGCUAUUAUUAAAGAAUUUUAUAUAUAAAAAUAAAUAAGUGAACCUAUUUUCAAAAAUAGUAAUUCCAAACUCAUAGCUUAGCAGCAAUAAGAUAACAACGAAAUUUAAAAUAGUAAAUUUUCUAAAUAAUAGGAAUAUUUUUAAAACUAAAAAAUUUCUAUAUCUUAAAGCCCUUCUAGUUUAAAAAGAUAAUUAUAAAGAAAUUUAAGAAAAUAAACUUAAUUAUCUUAAAUAAAAUAAAUUGGCUAAAAUGAAGAUUCAAAUAAUUAAGCUGAAACGAAUUGGUAACUAGUUACAGAAAAAUAAUAAAAUUUUCUCUCUAAUUAGAAAGAAGUUAAAUUGCAUUAUUUCAAUUAUGAUAAUACCUUGAAUUUUCCUUAAAUUAUUAUGGAAAUUCGUGAAUAGUAUAUUAAUAAUAGCAAAUGUCCAAGUAAAAAAAUAAUUGAAUAGCUUAAUAAUCCCCUGUCUAUGAUUUGUCGAGCACUAACAGGAUUAGCUACAAUUUCUAUAGCUGGUUUUUUAUCAGAUAAAAUGAUAUAAAAUUCUAUAAAUUAUUUAAAAGUCUAUGCAAAAACAAAAGGAUUCUCUGAAGCAGAUUGGUACAAAUAUUAUAUAAUUAUAUAGCCUUAGUUUUCAAGAAUACAUUUUGAUUAAUUUCCAUUAAUAAAGAUAUAAGAAGAUCACUUAUAAAUGGUUCUAAAUAUUUUGCUUUAUGAAACAGAACUUAAAUAAGAAGACAUAAAUAAUUUUUAUUAAAAAUACUUUCCUUUCAUCAAAGAUAGCCUAACUGCUAUAGCUUUAGGUUUCACUUAGGAUGGAUAAGGGAUUAUACCAAAAAUAAGAGGGGAAUGCCUUGAAAUUAAAUCCCAUAAAAUUUAAAAUAUAAAAACAUUUAGACCAUUUAUCAAAAAAAGAUGUUUUCUUAAUAAAACAAUAUCUAAAAGUGAGACCUUGGUUGAUAAAGAGCUCUCUAAAAUUUAAGAAAUUCCUUCGUGGAUACUAAGUAUAGAUCUUGCUAAUAAUGUGAUAUUAAUCAAAGGAAAAACAUAACAUAAAGAUAUUGGUUAAUAUGUUUUGAACAUCUACGACGACAAGCAUUUUGUAAUAAAGUAAAUAAGAGUUAUCAUAAAACCAGAAAGUAAUUAAGAAUGCGAUAAUUUUAAAGAAAAAUCUCCUUUACAACUUUCAUAGUAAUUUCAUUCAGCUUAAAAUGUUAUUAAACCAUAAAUAAUGGGAAGUGAAUAUACUGCAGAAGAGGAUUUCCCUCUAGAAGCUAGUAGUAGCUUAAACAAUCGUUAUUUUGGAGCUUCUCAGUCACUAAAAAGUAAAUCUAAUUAAUUAAGUGAUAAAAAUAAAAUUAUACUCUGAUUUUUGUAUAAUAAUUUUAUUUAAGAAGUUGCUGAAAGCUAAAAUAAAGAAGAAAACAUUAUAUUUUUAAAGUGGAAAUCAAAACUGAAAAUGUAAAUUACAAAAUUAAAAAUUAAAAAAUGAUAAAUCAUUAUAGAAAUGCAUCAAAGCAAAUAAUUUCUGAUAUUGGAAUAU